GGCAGCUGGAUUACACCCCACAGUGCAGUGGCCAUGGGAACUUCAGCCUGGAGUCAUGCAGCUGUGUGUGCAUGGAGGGCUGGGCAGGCAGCAACUGCUCCGAGCCCCGCUGCCCCCGGGGCUGCUCCAGCCGUGGCGUCUGCCUGGAAGGCCAGUGCAUCUGUGACAAUGACUAUGGGGGCGAGGACUGCUCCCAGCUCCGCUGCCCUGCUGGCUGUGGCUCCCAUGGGCUCUGUGUGGACGGCGAGUGCAUCUGUGAGGAGGGUUUCACUGGGGAGGAUUGCUCCCAGCUGCGGUGCCCCCACGACUGCUCAGGGAAAGGCCACUGCGCUAACGGCACAUGCAUCUGCCAGGAGGGCUACGCCGGGGAGGACUGCGGGUGGCUGCACUGCCCCAACGCCUGCAGCGGCCGUGGGGUCUGCCGGGAUGGUCUCUGUAUCUGCGAGGAAGGCUACGAAGGGCAGGACUGCUCAGCAGUGGCUCCUCCUGAAAAUCUGCGAGUGACGGGGAUUGGCGACAGCUCCAUUGAGCUGACAUGGGACAGCCCCAGGGCAGCCACCGAAUACGUCAUCUCAUACCAGCCAGUGGGGCCGGGGGGUACCCAACUCCAGCAGAGGGUACCUGGGGACUGGAGCAGUAUCACCAUCACAGAGCUGGAGCCAGGCGUUGCCUACAAUAUCAGCGUCUAUGCAGUCAUCAGCGAUGUCUUGAGCAUCCCUGUUACCUCCAAGGUGAUGACCAACCUCGCCAUGCCGCAGGGACUGAAAUUCAAGACCAUCACAGAGACGACAGCGGAGGUGCAGUGGGAGCCCUUCUCCUUCCCCUUCGAUGGCUGGGAGAUCAGCUUCAUCCCCAAGAAUAACGAGGGUGGUGUGAUCGCCCAGCUCCCCAGUACCGUCACCACCUUCAACCAGACGGGGCUGAAGCCGGGGGAAGAGUACACCGUCACCGUGGUGGCCCUGAAGGAACAAGCCAGAAGCCCUCCCACCUCCGACAGCGUCUCAACCCCCUUCCGCCUGCAGCCCCCCCUCAGCCAGUACUCCCUGCAGGCCCUGCGCCCUGGCGCCCGCUACCACCUUGCUGUCAGCGCCCUCCGGGGUGCCAACGAGAGCCGGCCAGCCCUCACCCAGUUCACCACAGAGAUUGAUGCCCCCAAGAACCUGAGGGUGGGCUCGCGGACGCCCACCAGCCUCGAACUCGCCUGGGACAACAGCGAGGCUGAGGCACAGAGCUACAGGGUGGUCUACAGCACCCUGGCUGGGGAGCACUACCAUGAAGUCCUGGUGCCACGUGACACCGGUCCCACCACCCGGGCCACCCUUGCAGAUCUAGUGCCAGGGACAGAGUACGGCAUUGGGAUUUCCGCUGUGAUGGACAACCAACAGAGCGUGCCAGCAACCAUGAACGCCAGGACCGAGCUUGACAGCCCCCGGGACCUCCUGGUGACUGCCUCCACAGAGACGUCCAUCUCGCUAGCCUGGACCAAAGCCACGGGUCCCAUAGACCACUACCGCAUCACCUUCACCCCUGCCUCAGGGAUGGCCUCUGAAGUGACAGUGCCCCGGGACGAGUCACAGCUCACACUCUUGGAGCUGGAGCCUGGGACCGAGUACACCAUCUCCAUCAUUGCCGAGAGGGGACGUCAGCAGAGCCUGGAGGCCACCGUGGAUGCCUUCACAGGGGUACGACCCAUCACACAGCUCCACUUCUCCCAGCUGACAUCCUCCAGUGUGAAUGUCACAUGGAGCGACCCAUCCCCACCAGCAGACCGUCUCAUCCUCACCUACAGCCCCCGGGAUGAGGAGGAGACACAGCAGGUCACACUUGAUGGCACCCGCAGGCAUGCCAGCCUGAUGGGCUUGCAGCCUGCCACCGAGUACCUGGUGUCACUUGUGGCUGUGCAUGGCACCAUCAGCUCUGAGCCUGUUGUGGGCUCCAUCACAACAGGGAUCGAUGCGCCGAAGGAUCUCAGGGUGGGCAACAUCACCCAGGAGUCCAUGAUGGUCUACUGGAGCCCGCCCAUCGCUGCCUUUGACCACUAUAGAAUAUUCUACCGCACCGCCGAAGGGAGGACAGACAGCACUUCCAUCGUCAGCGACGCCACCGAGUAUGCCCUCCGUCACCUGCAGCCUGCCACCAAGUACGAGAUCGGGGUGAAGAGCGUGCGGGGCCGGGAGGAGAGCGAGGUGGCCUCCAUCACUGUGCACACAGCUAUGGAUGCCCCCUUGGGGGUCACGGCCACCAACAUCACCCCCACCGAGGCGCUGCUGCAGUGGAACCCACCACUGUCGGAGGUGGAAAGCUACACCCUCAUCCUCACCCGCCACGCAGUUGCAGGAGAAACAAUUCUUGUGGAUGGAGUCAACCAGGAGUACCAGCUGACCAGCCUCCUGCCCAGUACCACCUACAUAGUCUCUAUGUAUGCCACCAAUGGGCCUCUCACCAGCCAGAUCAUUAGCACCAACUUCACAACUCUUUUGGAUCCUCCAACAAAUCUGACGGCCAGUGAAGUCACUCGACGAAGCGCCCUGCUCUCCUGGGUGCCUCCUGUGGGACAGAUCGAGAACUACAUUAUGACCUACAGAUCCACGGACGGCAGCCGGAAGGAGCUGAUUGUGGAUGCUGAGGACACAUGGAUCCGCCUGGAGGGGCUUUCUGAGACCACAGAGUACACUGUGCGCCUGCAAGCAGCCCAAAACACCAUGCGAAGCGGCUUCAUCUCCACCACCUUCACCACAGGCGGCCGCGUUUUCGCUAAUCCUCAGGACUGCGCCCAGCACCUGAUGAAUGGAGACACGCUGAGCGGCAUCUACACCAUCUCCAUUAACGGGGACCUCAGCCAGCGGGUGCAGGUCUACUGUGACAUGACCACUGAUGGAGGUGGCUGGAUUGUCUUCCAGAGGCGGCAGAAUGGGCUGACUGAUUUCUUUCGAAAAUGGGCAGAUUACCGGGUUGGCUUUGGAAACUUGGAGGAUGAGUUUUGGCUGGGCUUGGACAACAUCCACAAGAUCACGUCCCAAGGGCGCUACGAGUUGCGAAUAGACAUGAGGGACGGCCAGGAAGUGGCAUAUGCCUACUAUGACAAGUUCUCCAUUGGCGACUCCCGGAGCCUGUACAAGCUGCGAAUUGGGGACUACAACGGCACUUCGGGGGAUUCCCUCACCUAUCACCAGGGCCGCCCCUUCUCCACCAAGGACAGGGACAAUGAUGUCGCUGUGACCAACUGCGCCAUGUCCUACAAAGGGGCCUGGUGGUAUAAGAACUGUCACCGCACCAACCUCAAUGGCAAGUACGGAGAGUCCCGGCACAGUCAGGGGAUUAACUGGUACCAUUGGAAAGGCCACGAGUUCUCCAUCCCCUUCGUGGAAAUGAAGAUGCGACCUUAUAACCACCGUAACAUCUCUGGGAGGAAGCGACGGUCCCCACAGCUCUGAGCCAGCUGAACCUCCCUCCCACCUCCCACCACCUGACCU